GUACUCCAUCUUUACUUCGUUGGUGCUGUUUUGUUCGACGUCCCUCUGUGAAAGACGUCCAUUCAUUUUUUGCUAAAGAAAGCGUUGAAAUUCAACUACAUUUCUGUUUCUUGUGGAAUACGCCGUUAUGAUUGAACCAAUGAAGAGAGCGGGGGACAUGGCGGUGGUUCCUGCCGCAGUGAAGCGGCCCAGGAUGGAGCUGGUGGCGGCGGCUCAGUCCCAGCAACUCGUGGCCACGGGUCCUCCACGCAGCUCCAGUCUUCAGGCUCCCAUUAUGCUCAUGUCUGGUCAUGAAGGAGAGGUCUACUGCUGCAAAUUUCACCCUAAUGGAGCCACGCUGGCCUCCUCAGGAUUUGACAGACUUAUAUUGAUGUGGAAUGUGUAUGGAGAUUGUGAUAACUAUGCCACCCUGAAGGGCCACAGUGGAGCAGUGAUGGAGCUGCACUACAACACUGAUGGCAGCAUGCUGUUUUCAGCCAGCACAGACAAGACUGUAGGUGUGUGGGACAGUGAAACUGGAGAGAGGAUCAAGCGUCUGAAAGGCCAUACCUCCUUUGUUAACACCUGCUACCCGGCACGCCGAGGACCCCAGCUCGUCUGCACCGGUAGCGAUGAUGGGACUGUCAAGCUGUGGGACAUUCGUAAGAAAGGGGCAAUCCACACCUUCCAGAACACCUACCAGGUGCUGGCCGUGACCUUCAACGACACUAGCGACCAGAUCCUGUCAGGAGGCAUCGACAAUGAUAUCAAGGUGUGGGACCUGAGGCAGAAUAAGCUGAUCUACAACAUGCACGGACACGGAGACUCAGUAACUGGACUCAGCCUGAGCUCUGAGGGCUCGUACCUCCUAUCAAACUCUAUGGACAACACAGUGCGCAUUUGGGAUGUCCGACCGUUUGCACCCAAGGAGAGAUGCGUGAAGAUUUUCCAGGGCAACGUCCACAACUUUGAAAAGAAUUUGCUGAGGUGCUCCUGGUCCACUGACGGCAGUAAGAUAGCUGCAGGCUCAGCUGACAGGUUUGUGUACAUAUGGGACACCACAUCACGCAGAAUCCUGUACAAGCUUCCGGGCCAUGCCGGCUCCGUCAACGAAGUAGCCUUUCACCCAGAGGAGCCCAUAGUUCUGUCCGGCUCCAGUGAUAAACGCCUCUACAUGGGAGAAAUUCAGUAAUGUGUGUUUGAGUGUAAACUUCGGUGUGUGUGUGUGUGUGUGUGUGUGUGUGUGUGUGUGUGUGUGUGUGUGUGUGUGUGUGUGUGUGUGUGUGUGUGUGUGUGUGUGUGUGUGUGUGUGUGUGUGUGUGUGUGUGUGUGUGUGUGUGUGUGUGUGUGUGUGUGUGUGUGUGUGUGUGUGUGUGUGUGUGUGUGUGUGUGUGUGUGUGUGUGUGUGUGUGUGUGUGUGUGUGUCCGUCCUGCUUCAGAUGUUGAUGGGAUGUGGUUAGUGGGUUAAGAGUCUCUGUAAUUUCAUGUGCUCCAACCUCAUCACAGAACCACCUCAGGACAUUUAUCUGAAGUUUAUAAUGCUCGGCUUGCUUUAUACAACAAUUUUUUUCUUUUUAAUAAACUUCAAUAUUCUGUAGAAAA